AUGGGUCCUUUGCCGGACAACAUGACCCCAGCUUCUUUGAGCCAGAACUGCUCCAACUGCAGCCACUUCUUAGUCCCAGGACUCAGCAUGGUGAAAACUGUGGUUCUGGGCAUGGUUCUUGGUGUGUUCAUCCUCUUUGGAGUCAUCGGAAACAUCCUGGUGAUCCUCUCUGUGGUUUGUCAUCGACACCUGCGGACAGUCACGCAUUACUUCAUCGUUAAUCUGGCCGUGGCGGACUUGCUGCUGAGCUCCAUCGUGUUACCCUUCUCUGCCGUUUUUGAGAUUCUGGGUCGUUGGGUGUUUGGACGAGCUUUUUGUAAUGUUUGGGCAGCUGUGGACGUGCUCUGCUGCACAGCUUCUAUCAUGAGCCUCUGUGUCAUCUCCGUUGACCGCUACAUCGGAGUCAGUUACCCCCUGCGAUAUCCUUCCAUAAUGACGAAGCGCAGGGCUCUGCUAGCUGUGAUGCUGCUAUGGGUGCUCUCUGUCGUCAUAUCCAUCGGACCCUUGUUUGGUUGGAAAGAGCCAGAACCAGAGGACGAGUCUGUCUGCAAAAUCACAGAAGAGCCAGGGUACGCAAUCUUCUCAGCUGUGGGCUCCUUCUAUCUUCCUCUGACCAUCAUACUGGUCAUGUACUGUCGGGUUUAUGUUGUAGCUCACAGAGAGAGCCAGGGCCUGAGAGAAGGCCACAAGACGGAGAAGUCGGACUCGGAGCAAGUGAUUCUCAGGAUGCACCGUGGAAACACAACCGUGUCUGAGGAUGAGGCCCUUCGCAGCCGUACUCACUUUGCCUUGCGACUGCUCAAGUUCUCACGAGAGAAGAAGGCAGCAAAGACCCUGGGGAUUGUGGUGGGAUGCUUUAUCUUGUGCUGGCUGCCCUUCUUCCUGGUUCUUCCCAUUGGUUCCAUUUUCCCUGCAUACAGACCUUCAGACACAGUCUUCAAGAUCACCUUCUGGCUUGGCUACUUCAACAGCUGCAUCAACCCCAUCAUCUACCCGUGCUCCAACCAGGAGUUUAAAAAAGCUUUCCAGAGUUUGCUCGGAGCUCACUGUUUGAGGAUGACUCCCCGAACGCACCACCAUCAUCUGAGUGCAAGUCAGAGUCAGACUCAGGGCCCAAACCAGGGCCUCACGCUGACCCUGGACAGCAGGGGGGCUUCCUGCAGACUCAGCCCCUCCUCAUCUGUAGCUCUGUCCAGAACUCCUUCCUCCAGAGACAGCAGGGAAUGGAAAGUGUUCUCUGAAGGCCCCAUCAGCGGCCGAUCUGGACGAGCCAAAACGAGUAGAGCUAAAGUGGCCACGCUCUGCAACAAAAGUCUCAGACGGACCUGCUGCUGCAUCCUCAGAACUGGGAGUCCUCCACAAGAACCCCGUCCUGUCACACACCUUCCAACCAUUAAAAUCCACCAGUUGUCCCUGUCAGAAAAAGGCGAUGCUGUAUAA